AACCUGUUCAACAUCCAAUUCCGAAGGUCCAUUCUGGAAUUGUCACCAAAUGUGCCAGGCACACCGACCAUCACUCAAGCGCGCGGCCUGCCGUCUCACGGCACUGGACGACGUGCUGUUGCAGCAGAUUCUGCGCUUCUCGAGUGCCCGCGACGUAGAGGCACUGGCCGUGGUAGCGCGAAUCGUGUCUCAGAGCGUGUUGCCACACUUCCCAGAUGUCUGGCGCGAUCUCUUCGCACAGCGCUGGACGACGCUCAACUUCCCGCUGGACAUCGAGGCCACGCUCUCCAUUGAGCCGAGGCUACGCGCACUCUUUCCUAAGGGCACGAGCGAGAGCCGCAUGUUCCAACUGCUUACGCACGCUAUCGUACCCGUCCCGUCAUACGCGGAUCUAGACCAGACCAAGCGGUUCCAAGGCUACAGCGACGCCAAACACCAGAUUCAGUCGCUGCAUGACGCAGACACGAGACCGUCGCAUGUGGUUCGCUUUGCGUUUAACGGGGACGAGCUUGGUGACGACCGCAGUGUGCGGGCCAAUGUGCCGUUCCCGCCUGGAUUCCAUGUUGCAGUGUUCAAGCGACGUGAGGCUGGGAAGGAUGGGAAGCCACUGUACCAUAUUGGACUCGUGUCGAGUGGAUACUUUGAGAUUCAGAUUCUGCGCCGGGAGAGGCCAGCGAGGGCAAGUGAGAACCAGGAAGAUCAGGAACAACAUAUACAGUCUGUGGAGGAGGAACUGACGUCUCUGGGACUCGUACCGGCGAGUUUUCCGCUGGUGGGACGACAACCUGGCUGGAACCAGAAAUCCUACGGAUAUCAUGGAGAUGACGGUCGCUUCUAUUGCCAAACCACGAGGGGUCGACUAUUUGGACCUCGCUUUGGAGUGGGCGACACUGUGGGCUGCGGUGUGCGGCGGAAUAUGAGCACCACCCAGUCGCACGUCUUCUUCACAAGCAAUGGCAAAGAGCUUGACCAGGUGGUGGAAGGUGGUAUCGAGAGCACAUCUACGAGCUGGUACCCGUCAAUCGGAGUGGAUUCGUACAAUGAAGUUCGCGUGAACUUCGGGCAGGAACCUUUUGCACACGACAACAUUGUGGAUGAGCUGUUUGCCGAAUGCGAUCCUAAUGUGGUUGAUAUGAAGGAUUUACCUUGGUAUUACAUCCGGGAAUACAGCAUCGAGUGCUUAGUGUGGCGCCGUCAGCAGACUAGUGAAGCACGAGCUCGCGCCAUUUCGGAUGAAUGGAAGGAUGCCAUUUCUGAAGACGACAAGUCGGAACAGGACGAGGAGAUCUGUGUGAAGAAGUGGAUGAUGGGGAUGCUGACGCGCCGACAGCAAAAUCGACUUGCAUCCAGCGAGGAAAAUGCGAACGAAGAGCGGACUGCUGCUCGACAGUUCUCGUAAGGAGAGUGAUCCCAGAAUUAAGAUCAAGCGCUGCCAUUAGGAUGGAUGUGAAGUACUACAUGAAGUCGAAUGUACCAGUAAAUUAAAAUCUUGGGCGCUAUGAGGAAUUCAUUUACGAUGACAAGUUUCUACUGUAAAACAACAGUGUACUCGUUGAGACACAAAAGUGUCGAUAGAUCUAGCCUUUAAAGGUUAAUGCGUAUUGGACCAUCGAUCACUUUUUUUUUAGCAACGUAAACCAAGUCUAGCUACUCUGUAGCUCUUUCAACUGCGACUGCAUGGCAUCCACAAGCGCUGGGACGUUUUCUUGGUCGAGAUUGUGUCGCAUGCAGAAGGCAGAUGCUAUCUCCUGAGGGUUGUCGUUGCGGUGUACUGGCAAUUUGAUCGAUGUGCCAUCGCCCAUAUCGAUAUCGAGUGUGAAAAGAAGAAUACCACGCGGAUCCACUGGUGUCUCCGGUUCAGCUUGAACCUGGGCUUCAGGCUCGGUAUGUACUGCAGCCCCAGGUUGGGCAGGUGAUUCAGCAGUGGACUCUCCUGACUGUUGCUGUCCCGCCUGCGAUUGCUGUCGCUCCUGGAGGAUGUUCAGAAUCGACUGCACCAGCACAUUCUGACACGCUUGCAACUGAUCUCCGUCAAAUUCCACGCCCAAUUCCGCACGUACGAUCUCGUGCUUCUCUACACAGAACGAAUUGGCAACAUAGUGCGGUUCCUGGCCUUCGAAGUACUCGAGAUUGUACACGUUGCCACUAAGCGUGACAGGGAUGGAGAACAGCGGCUCCGGUCGUGUCGGUUGCGCUGACUCUGUUGUUUCCUGUGGCCGCGUUUCCUGUUGCUGCGGGAUAGCGGCAAUCCGUUCACGCAAGAGAGCUGAAAGCUGCACCACAUUGUUGUUGAAUCCCUCGCUUUCGCCCAAGCCUACACCAACAAGGAACCGCUGUACCGUAGCCUCAACCUCAUCGCCUUCAAAGUAGUUCAAGUUGGCUUGACGCUGUUCAUCCAGGCUGAUUGGUACCGUCACUAGUGGUUGUCGCUGCUGUUGAUAUUGCUCAGCUGCAGCUUGAUUCUGAGCUGGGGCUGCUUGCGCCUCUUGCUCCAACAACGCAGCCAUCCGACCGUCCACGAUGCCAAUUAGCUGUGGCAUCAUUGACUCGAUCGUCGCGUCAUCCGUAAUGCCAUUCUCACUCAAGAAACGCACCGCUGUCUCUCUAGCGGUGGAUCCCUCAUAGUGGACCAUUACCGCUGGCUGGUUAUUCAGUGUCAGGGGCUCCGAGAACAGCUCUCGUCUCUGUGGAGGCUGCAUUGGCUCUUCAACCUGCUGAGCUUGGUGUUCCGGAGCGGGUUGUCUAUUGUUUAUCUCAUGGACGAUCUGGUUGGCUAUCUGUGGCGCCACUCUGUCCAUGAACUCUCCAUCGUGUACUCCAAUAACCCGCAGUGUCUCGAUGGCUUCAUCCAUUGGGAUGCCCCCUUCAAAGUGUCGGACUGUGAUCUCCCUCCCGUCCAGCGACA